CUGCAUGCUGGAAGCAAUGAAGGCUGCAAUAUCACUGCUGGGAAGCCAAGGCGCUGUGUCAGCCACCGAGGUCUUCCUCUCCCUGCUGAUCCAGUCCCUCCAGCAGCAUGUGCCCAAGGGGCUGAAGAGCCCCCCAGGACCCAGGGGCUACCCCAUCCUCGGCAACGUGCUGGAGCUGAGGAAGGACACGCACCUGGCCCUGACCAGGCUGAGCCAGAAGUAUGGGGACGUGAUGGAGGUGCGGAUCGGCAUGCGGCCCGUCCUGGUGCUCAGCGGGCUGGACACCAUCAAGCAAGCCCUGGUGAAGCAAGGAGAAGACUUCAUGGGACGCCCUGACCUCCACAGCUUUCAAUACAUUUCGAAUGGCCAGAGCCUGGCUUUCAGCCCUGACUCAGGGGAGGUGUGGAAAGCCCGCAGAAAGCUGGCCCAGAAUGCCCUGAAGACCUUCUCCAUUGCCCCCAGCCCCACCUCCUCUUCCACCUGCCUCCUGGAGGAGCAUGUCUCCAAGGAGGCUGACUACCUGGUCACCAAAUUCCUGCAGCUGAUGGAUGAGGAGAAGAGCUUUGACCUUAACCAGUACCUGGUGGUCUCUGUGGCCAAUGUCAUCUGUGCCAUGUGCUUCGGCAAGCGUUAUGACCACAAUGACCAAGAGCUACUCAAUGUAGUGAACCUCAACAAUGAAUUUGGGGAAGUGACUGCUUCUGGCAACCCUGCUGACUUCAUCCCUGUGCUCCAGUAUCUUCCCAGCCGUACCAUGAGGCUCUUUAAAGACAUCAAUGGGCGUUUUGGCCUCUUUGUGCAAAAAAUUGUUCAGGAGCAUUACACCAGCUUUGAUAAGGGGCACAUCCGGGACAUCACGGACUCGCUGAUCGAGCACUGCCAGGAGAAUAAUGUAGGGGAGGAUAGCCGUGUCCCACUCUCCAACGAGAAGAUCAUCAACAUCGUCAAUGACCUCUUUGGAGCGGGCUUUGAUACCAUAACAACUGCCUUAUCCUGGGGCCUCAUGUACGUCGCCUUGUACCCCGACAUCCAGAAGAAGAUCCAGGAAGAACUAGACCAGACCAUUGGGCAGGAGAGGAGACCGAGGCUGUCGGACCGGAGCACGCUGCCCUACACAGAAGCCUUCAUCCUGGAGAUGUUCAGGCACUCCUCCUUCCUGCCCUUCACCAUCCCACACAGCACAACAAAAGCGACGGUGUUGAAUGGCUAUUACAUCCCCAAGGGUACCUGUGUGUUUAUCAACCAGUGGCAAGUGAAUCAUGACGAGAAGCUUUGGAAGGACCCUUUGACCUUCAACCCCAAGCGAUUCCUCAAUGCCUCAGGGACCGAAAUAAACAGGACGGAGAGUGACAAAGUGCUGGUUUUUGGCUUGGGGAAGAGGCGAUGCAUAGGGGAGUCCAUCGGACGGUGGGAGGUCUUCCUCUUCUUGGCCAUCCUGCUGCAGCAGCUGGAGUUCAGCCUCCGCCCUGGAGCAGAGGUGGACAUCACUCCUCAGUAUGGACUGACAAUGAAAUACAAGAAAUGCGACAGCUUCCAGAUUAAGAAGCGUCCCCCCAUGAAGAGCUCUCCAUAA